AGUUUCUAUUUUCGCUCCGAACAACUUCCAAAUUGAACAGCAAAAAUUUUGUAAAAAAAAGUUUACUAUUUUUCGAUACAUUUUAUUUUUGGAAAACUUGAGUCGACAAAAUGUGUUCCCCGUGCGGUCCUUGCAGCCCCUGUGAUCCUUGUUGCGGUCCCUUCGAGUGCUCGCCCAAGUGCUACAAUGCGGCCCAGUUGGAGGCGCUGCCUCAAUGUGCCCCGCGCAUUCCUCCGCCUUUCCCGAAAUGCAUCACUGUCCAGCAGCCCCCGCGCAUGAUCUGCAAGAAGCGUGUGGUCUUCACAGAGAAGAUAGUACCGGAGCCCAUGGUGGUGAACAGAUGCAGGCAGAUCACCAUACCAAAAGUCGUAGAUGCCACACGAGUGAUCAAGGUUCCCAAGCUGAUCUGGGUGUCGCAGAUGGUGCGAGAGCCCAGGGUUAUCUACUACCCCUCGAUGAUCCCCGAUCCGUAUGUGGUGUGCUAUCCCAAACGCGUCUGCGAGCCAAGGGAGGUGUGUCAAUCCAUCUUGUGCCAGCCGAAGCCACAAACCAUUGAUAUCCCGCCACCAAGGGAAUACUGUUGCUAUCCAAAUGGACCCAUCAACUACAAACCCAGUGCCGCCUGUCCACCUUGCCCCAUUGGACCUUGUGCUCCUGGGGGACCCUGCUGUCCGCUGCCCUGCUUCUCCACAAAUCAGUAUCCCGUCGCCGAGGGCAGGUGCGGGCCAUGUGGACCUGGUUGCGGACCCUGCGGACCGCGUUGUGGUCCCUGCGGACCCGGCCCCUGUGGACCCUGCGGGCCGAGGUGCGGUCCGUGCGGACCAUGCGCCGUGCCAAACUGCGGGCCCUGCGGCCUCACGAUGCCUUCGGGCCCGUUUGUCCCGUCUCCAUGUGGACCCUGUGCUCCCUGCGGGCCAUGCGGACCGCUCAGCAACAGUCCAUGCGGUCCUUGCGGACCGUGUGGACCAUGUUCGCCCCCCUGUCCGUACGAAUCGCCGGAGUGUGGACCCUGCUAUCCGUGCGCACCUACUCCCUGGAAUACGCACUGCGGUCCCGUUGGUCCUUGCGGUCCUCAAGUACCCUGCGGUCCCUGCGGCCCCUGUUAAGAUCAACGUAUUGCCACCUGGAUUACCCGUUGUCAGAAACCAGUGCCCUGUGGACCAAAAUUGUAUAUCCCGACCGCUUUGCUACGACACAGAAUAUCAUAUUGUUUUCGCUGUCCUGCUACUAAUCACUACCAAAGUCUAUAGUUUUUGCUUUGUGAACGCAUUGACGACUCAUUGGCUGUAAAUAAAAAUCGGAUUUAAGCGAA